UACACUUCUUUUGGGGGUCUUGUGUUUUCUGGAUCCUCCGCUUCCCCUGCUGGCGCCUUCAUGGCUCCCUUAACCGAAGUCGGGGGCUUCCUGGGCGGCCUGGAGGGCUUGGGCCAGCAGGUGGGCUCGCACUUCCUCUUGCCCCCUGCGGGGGAGCGGCCGGCCCUGCUAGGGGAGCGCCGGGGCGCAGCGGAGCGCGGCGCCAGCGGAGGGCCCGGGGCAGCGGAGCUGACGCACCUGCACGGCAUCCUGCGCCGUCGCCAGCUCUACUGCCGCACGGGUUUUCACCUGCAGAUCCUGCCGGACGGCAGCGUACAGGGCACCCGGCAGGACCACAGCCUCUUCGGUAUCCUGGAAUUCAUCAGUGUGGCAGUGGGACUGGUCAGUAUUAGAGGUGUGGGCAGUGGUCUUUACCUUGGAAUGAAUGACAAAGGGGAACUCUAUGGAUCAGAGAAACUGACUUCUGAAUGCAUCUUUAGGGAGCAAUUUGAGGAGAACUGGUAUAAUACCUAUUCAUCCAACAUUUAUAAACAUGGAGACACUGGCCGUAGGUAUUUUGUGGCACUCAACAAAGAUGGAACUCCAAGAGAUGGUGCCAGGUCCAAAAGACAUCAGAAAUUUACACAUUUUCUUCCUAGACCAGUGGAUCCGGAAAGAGUUCCAGAAUUGUAUGAGGACCUACUGAUAUAUAGUUGAAGCGUGACAAUGUCUUUACAGGAACAACAAACCACAGUCUUAUCACAAUUUCCAUGACAAAAAUAAUAACCCAGGAAGACAUUCA